CUUUAGUCCACAUAUAAACCCACUAAAGAAAGAAAGAAAGAAAGAAAGAAAGAAAGAAAGAAAGAAAGAAAGAAAGAAAGAAAGAAAGAAAGAAAGAAAUCCAAAAGAACAGAUGGCAAUUACGGAAUUGGACAUUCCGGAUUAAAUCAAUCAUUGCACAGAAUAGGGAAGCAUCCUACUGGAUUAUGUGAUUAUUGUAAAGCUCAAGAGACUGUAGAACACAUUCUGAUACACUGUAAGGAAUAUGAGGAGGCUAGAAGGAAGUUGGAAAAUCAAGUUGGACAACAAAACAUGACAAUGGAGUAUUUAUUGGGGAAAUCAACGUAUAAGUGUGUAGACUGCGUAAUAACAUUUCUUAAAACUACUGGAUUAAUUGACAGACUAUACGUUUUUUUUUUUUUAGUUUAUUUAUUUUUAUUUAAUCUGCUGCUCACACUCCAGUCCAGUAGGUGGCGGUAAUGCACCUUUAAGUUGGUUUGCCAACCGCCAAUAAAACCGACGAAGAAUAAAGAAGAAAGAAAGAAAGAAAGAAAGAGCGAGCUCGCGUGUGAUGUGUUUUUGUAUCCUCAGUGUUUUUCUCUCUUGAGUGUUUUAAACAGAGUCUUGUCUCUGUGUAUUUUAGUGUUGAUGAUGGAUGUGAUGUGCUGUAAAUCAGUAGGAACUGAUCUGUCCAUGCUGGAUAUUGAUGAUUUCAUCACAGAAAUCUCUCAGCUGAAGAAAGAGGUGGCGUUACUGGAGACAAAGCUGAGGUUAAGAGGAGAUGAAGGACUGAAGAGAGAGGACUCCGAGCUCAGUCUGACUUUACUCUGUUAUACUGAGUCAAAGCACACAGACGCUCAGGACACUACAGUGUGUGACAGUAAUCAGGACUUACAGGAUGAUGAAUCUACUGAUCAAACCUCCACAGAGUCUCUGGAUUCUGUCUGUAACGCUGGAGAACAGCAGCAGAUCCUGCACACCAAACUCAACAUGUGUUCAGUCAAACUGGAGGACAGUGGGAACCAAACUGAGAUUAGAACAGAAGCCACAGCAGAUGAAUAUGAAGACAAACAUAAUGAUGGUCAUGAUUCUGUUCUCUCAGAUGUGAAAAGUGAAUUAUGUUUGGAUGGAGAAAUAACGUCCUCGACUCUUUCCUGCAUCACCGGUGGAGAGACAUUGAGCUCACAGAGACAUUUAGAGAGACAACACACAGAACAGAAACUCUGCACCAGAUCUGAGAUCAGCUUUACUACCUUACAAGAGAAGAAACUUUAUUCAGAAGAUCACAAAGAGAUGAAGAAGUUGUUUCAAUGUGAGCAGUGUGGAGAGGAUUUUGGCUCCUUAUCUCAUCUGAGACUUCACAUGAGGACACACAAUGCUGAAAAGCCUUUCUACUGCACUGAAUGUGGCCAUUACUUCACCACCAAACACAGUCUUGAUUCUCAUAAGAGAAUUCACACAGGAGAAAAGCCACACGAGUGUCCUCACUGUGAGAAGAGAUUCAUACAAAAAUCUAAUUUGAGGAAACAUGUGUUUACACACACCAAAGACAGUCCGUAUCAGUGCAGUGAAUGUGGAAAAACCUUUAGUGAUUCAAGUCAAUUAAAAUCACACCAAAUACUACACACUAAAGAGAAACCCUUUCAAUGUUCACACUGUGAUAAACGGUUCAAUCGUAAAACUAAUCUUACAGCCCAUCAGAUACUUCACACUGGAGAGAAACCUCAUUACUGUGAAGUCUGUGAGAAGAGUUUCAGUCGACGUGAACAUUUAGUGAGACAUCAGAGAAUUCAUACUGGAGAGAAACCUUACAAAUGCUCUCAUUGUGACAAGAUGUUUUCUCAGUCAUGUUCCUUAAAAGCCCAUCAGAGACUUCAUUCAGAAGAGCACAGCGAGAAGCAGCAGCAGCUGAGGUUUUACUGUCAGCAGUGUGGGGAGGAUUUUGGCUUUUUAUCUCAUCUGAGACUUCACAUGAGGACACACACUGCUGAAAAGCCUUUCUACUGCACUGAAUGUGGCCAUUACUUCAGCACAAAAGGACAUCUUGUUGCUCAUCAGAGAAUUCACACAGGAGAAAAACCAUACGAGUGUCCUCACUGUGAGAAGAGAUUUAUACAAAAAUCUAAUUUGAGGAAACAUGUGUUUACACACACCAAAGACAGUCCGUAUCAGUGCAGUGAAUGUGGAAAAACCUUCAGGGAUUCAAGUGAAUUGAAAUCACACAAAACCCUACACACUAAAGAGAAACCCUUUCAAUGUUCACACUGUGAUAAACGGUUCAAUCGUAAAACUAAUCUUACAGCCCAUCAAAGAGUUCACACUGGAGAGAAACCUCAUUACUGUGAAGUCUGUGAGAAGAGUUUCAGUCAACGUGAACAUUUAGUGAGACACCAGAGAACUCAUACAGGUGAAAAACCUUACAAAUGCUCUCAGUGUGAGAAGACGUUUGUUCGAUCAGGUAACUUAAAAGCCCAUCAGAUACUUCACACUGGAGAGAAACCUCAUUACUGUAAUGUCUGUGAGAAGAGUUUCAGUCGACGUGAACAUUUAGUGAGACAUCAGAGAAUUCAUACAGGUGAAAGACCUUACAAAUGCUCUCAGUGUGAGAAGACGUUUGUUCGAUCAGGUAACUUAAAAGCCCAUCAGAGAGUUCAUACUGGAGAGAAACCUUACGUCUGCUUGACCUGUGAGAAGAAAUUCACUCAUGCCAAAAGUCUUUAAAACCAUCAGAAGAAACAUACUGAUGAACAAAUACACUGAAAUCAUCAUAGCAUCUAAAAGUCCAGACUGACUGUGUAUAGGUCCUGUUCUGCAUGAAUGUUCAACGUUAUAACAUGCUAUGAAAACUGUAGGAGCCAUACAUUGGGUUUGAUCUCUCUAUAAUUAUUAUUCCUUUCUCCUUCUGUCGUGUAUGUGCACUUGCAUUCGUCACGUCAUUGCUUACUGUGGGUGGCACUCGGGGGUGUGUCUGAAGUAUCUUUGCACAUUUUAUGAAGUACAUCAAUCAAAGUAAGUGCUUGUGUUUUCUAAACACGUGAAAGAGAGAAAUAAAGACAUCCCCUCAUGUGCAA